AUGACUUUCCUUCUAAGGCUUUCACGGGGGCGUGAACGUCUAAACGAGAGAAGGUGGGCAGUGGCCUCGUCCUCAAAUUCUAGCGCGCCCGGACUUCGCCAGUCGGAGACUGUCGGCCGUCAGCGUUUACUGGUCGGAAUCAGAAGCGGACGGGGCCAGGAACGUGCAGACGGCGGCUAA